UUUAGAGCCACUAAAAGCCUGACACGUCUGAUUUUGAAUACAAGAGAAUGAAACGCUUCAUAUAUUGGGGGCUAGUAUCCCUCCUGUGUGUCGCCUCUAAAAACCAUGUGAGUGCAUCAGACAACCCAUGCCGAGGAAUUGCUGGAAUAGAUCGUGUUCCCGAUCCGGAUGAUUGCCGACGCUACUUUCUGUGCAUCGAAGAACAAGCUUUCCCCGAGGAGUGUGGUCCCGGUUUGAUCUUUGAUGUUAUAGUGAACCAGUGCAACCGCGAGGAAGAUUCAGUGUGCGUGAAAGAUCUCGUUACACCACCAACUCCAUCGAUUUCGUCGACAUCUACUGUUGCCACACCUCCAACUCCUUCAAAUCCUCCGAUACCGUCGGCCCCGACACCAUCACCGCAACCUCCGACAUCAACAGCGCAACCUCCGAGUCCACAGCCGCCAUCGCCCGUGGAACCACCAUACUGUCCAGUGGACAAAGAAUUCUUUGCUUCCCAUCCAGAUUGUACCCGGUUCUAUCGGUGUGUAUUCGGAAGACUGCACGUACAAGACUGUCCGCCAAACCAGCACUGGAAUCAGGAACGGCAAUAUUGCGAUCACGUUUGGAAUGUUCCUUGUGCCUAGACUGUUUAGCUUUAGGCUUGUGUCUUGUUAAAAUCGUUAUUUAACAUUUGGUUUACUUUAAUAGCAACCAAAUUUCGUACAUCAUCGAUUAUUUUUUUGUAAACCUAUCAGAAAGAAAUUUGUUCCAGAUUCAGCACCAGUAAAAGUAUGAAAUAUCUUCAUCUAAUUAUUGGAUCUUGAAAUUUAGUUUGCUGCUAAAGCGAGGUAAUUGUUAGGCAGACGAUUUUGUAGA